AUGGAGCGUGCGACCAGCAAGACAUUGGACUGCUAUGUUGAGUUCAUCAAUUUCAACGAGGCAGACGGUGCUGUAAACCGAUUUGAAAUCGACAGAAGUGGCCGUCGAUGUAGUCGGCUGGGACAACCUCUAGAAACGGCCCCUCCUGUAGCUCAGCAUCGCCUCACCUGUACUAGCCAACCCCCUCCCUCUUCCCCUUCCCCAAAUACUACUGCCACCAAUCUACCUGCUACUACUACAGCUACUGAGUUCGUUGUUGUGCUCCCUGCUACCUCCCCUGGCUGCUGUUACUACCCUAGACCCGCUGCCCGCCUGCCUGCCAUGUCAAUUCUUGCGGCUCAGCCCCCAAUCCCGAGAGAUCGCGCUACUCCCUACCUCGCGGGUAUCAUUGCUACUACUACGACAGCCAACAAAAUCGAUCUAGGCCCUCCUGCUCUUGGUGGUUCCGCGUCUCCUGCCCUGGCUGUUGGGUCUCCUGGCUUUGGUGCUGCUGCCUCCCCCACCACACCUAACCCCGCCGCCCCCCAGGACCUGCAGUUUACCCCCAUCUACUGCCACAAUCCGUCCGCUUCUGUUGCUGAUGAAGGACAUGUUCCCGAAGGCGAAGAAUGUCAGAUGGGUAGGGGGUAA